CUUUAAUUCUCAUAGCUGCUCCUCUCAAUCCAUAUCUGAGUGUCGGCUGCAGCUAUGUGUGACUCGGCCCGUAAAUAAAACUGUGCAUUUCAGAGGGCUCUGCGCUAUGUAAAUUCUUUUGUAGCACAAACUGUAAUAAUCUAUAGCCAAUUUGGGUUGGCUUGGAUCACAGGCACGAGCUGGUAUUCCAUGCCGUGUCCCGCAACCCUUAUUAAACACCAAGCAGGCCCACGCGGUGAUUUGAUAAGCUACUCUAUGCACUUAGCGACGUCACGAAGUGCCCUGCUCGGCGGGUUGCACAGCUGUCGAGCCGCACGCUUUGUCGGCGCACAGGUUAAGGCGGGGCACACUCAGGCCGCGCCGCGUGUAGGGGGCGCCGGCUGCCCCGCAAGAGGCGUCGCUACUCGCGCGGGCGCUGGGUCUGAAGCGGAGACCGAGAGUGGGUACUGGACGCUGCAAAGCUAUGUGCUGUACGAGAGCGAGGUGAAGAAAUCAAAGUUCAUCGUUCAUGCCUGGCCGGUCAGCUCGCCUGCCGAGGCGAUGGACCUGAUCAAGGGGGCGUCAGACCCCAGUGCCUCCCACAACUGCUUCGCCUACCGGAUAGGCGACGAGUUCCGCUCCAGCGAUGAUGGCGAGCCAGGCGGCACAGCGGGGAAGCCCAUCCAGACCGCAAUUGAUGGCGAGGGGCUUGACCGAGUGGCGGUGCUGGUGACGCGUUUCUUCGGGGGCGUAAAGCUGGGCGCCGGCGGGCUGGUCCGGGCGUACGGCGGCGCGGCACAGGAGUGCUUGAAGCUGGCGCCGCGUGUCUUUGCCAAGGCGCAGGUGGAGGUAGUGGUGGAGGCAUCGUAUGACGAGCUGGGGACGAUAUACUCGUGCCUCGACAUGCACGCUUGCAUGCGGCUAGCGGAGGACUACGGCAGCUCUGGGACGGUGUCAAUCCGCGCACUGGUGGAUGCCGAUAAGCUCAACUCGCUAAAGGCUGCUGUUGCGGACGGGACAAGAGGGAAGCGUACUGCAGUACCGGCCGCCGAAGCUGCGGCAGCGGGGACGGGGGCGUGAAUGUGGAAAGUGCGGCGGGAGACUGGCGGGAGUGCCAUCGGCACGCGGCUGGCAACAUGGAUGCAGGCGUUUGGAAUUUUGCUGUACAUUGGAAAUACACAUAUACUCAAUAUUCAAUUGCACAUUUUUAGAGAGCGCACUCAAAGUUGCUGUUUGUCGGCCGGGGUCUUCGAAGUUGCACCACUUACGGAGCACGUUAUCGGGACGCUGCAAUUCAUGUAAUCCUAUAUAACU